GCCCUGGGGCCCAGGCGGGGAGGAGGAGGCUGCCCAGAGGCUGCGGCGGCCGCAGCAGCAGCGGGAGGCGGAGGGAGCAGCGCCCGCCCCCCCCGCUCGCGGUUAGCCCAGCUCGGAGCCGUGCCCGCGUGGAUGGGAUGGAAGCAGGACCCUCGGGAGCAGCUGCAGGCACUUACCUGCCACCCUUGCAGCAGGUAUUUCAAGCACCACGUCGGCCUGGGAUAGGAACCGUAGGGAAGCCUAUCAAGCUCUUGGCCAACUAUUUUGAAGUGGACAUUCCCAAGAUCGAUGUGUAUCACUAUGAAGUGGAUAUCAAGCCCGAUAAAUGUCCACGCAGAGUCAACAGGGAGGUUGUGGAAUACAUGGUGCAGCACUUCAAACCUCAGAUCUUUGGAGAUCGGAAGCCGGUGUACGACGGGAAAAAGAAUAUCUACACCGUCACUGCCCUGCCCAUCGGAAAUGAACGGGUUGACUUUGAGGUAACGAUCCCAGGGGAAGGCAAAGACCGGAUAUUUAAGGUCUCCAUCAAGUGGAUGGCGAUUGUGAGCUGGCGGAUGCUCCACGAGGCCUUGGUGAGCGGGCAGAUCCCCGUCCCGCUGGAAUCUGUCCAGGCGCUAGAUGUUGCCAUGAGACAUCUGGCGUCAAUGAGGUACACCCCUGUGGGCCGUUCCUUCUUCUCCCCUCCUGAAGGUUACUACCACCCUCUGGGAGGGGGCAGGGAAGUUUGGUUUGGGUUCCACCAGUCGGUCAGGCCUGCCAUGUGGAAGAUGAUGCUCAACAUUGAUGUGUCGGCGACAGCCUUCUACAAAGCCCAGCCUGUGAUCGAGUUCAUGUGCGAAGUGCUGGAUAUCCGGAAUAUCGACGAGCAGCCAAAGCCCCUGACAGACUCGCAGAGGGUGCGCUUCACCAAGGAGAUCAAAGGUUUGAAAGUAGAGGUGACCCACUGUGGGCAGAUGAAGAGGAAAUACCGAGUGUGUAACGUUACCAGGCGACCAGCCAGUCACCAGACGUUCCCCCUGCAGCUGGAAAGUGGGCAGACAGUGGAGUGUACAGUGGCUCAGUACUUCAAGCAGAAAUACAACCUGCAGCUGAAAUACCCCCACCUGCCGUGCCUGCAGGUUGGCCAAGAACAGAAGCACACAUAUCUGCCCUUGGAGGUGUGUAACAUUGUGGCAGGCCAGCGGUGCAUCAAGAAGCUAACAGACAAUCAGACAUCAACCAUGAUAAAAGCAACGGCGAGAUCCGCCCCGGAUAGACAAGAGGAAAUCAGCCGACUGAUGAAGAAUGCCAGUUACAACCUGGAUCCGUACAUACAGGAGUUUGGGAUAAAGGUGAAGGACGACAUGACGGAAGUGACGGGAAGGGUCCUUCCAGCACCAAUCUUACAGUACGGAGGCCGGAACCGGGCCAUCGCCACUCCCAACCAGGGCGUGUGGGACAUGCGGGGGAAACAGUUCUACAACGGGAUCGAGAUCAAAGUCUGGGCUAUCGCCUGCUUUGCCCCCCAGAAGCAGUGUCGAGAGGAGGUGCUGAAGAACUUCACAGACCAGCUGCGCAAGAUUUCGAAGGAUGCAGGGAUGCCCAUCCAAGGCCAGCCAUGUUUCUGUAAAUACGCACAGGGUGCGGACAGCGUGGAGCCGAUGUUCCGACACCUUAAAAACACCUACUCCGGGCUCCAGCUCAUCAUCGUCAUCUUGCCAGGGAAAACACCUGUGUAUGCGGAGGUGAAGCGUGUUGGAGACACACUCCUGGGGAUGGCCACGCAGUGCGUUCAGGUCAAGAAUGUGGUGAAAACCUCCCCGCAAACCCUCUCCAACCUCUGCCUCAAAAUCAACGUCAAACUGGGCGGGAUCAACAACAUCCUCGUGCCUCACCAGCGCUCGGCCGUCUUUCAGCAGCCAGUGAUCUUCCUGGGUGCCGAUGUCACUCACCCACCAGCAGGGGAUGGGAAGAAGCCUUCCAUAACGGCUGUUGUGGGCAGCAUGGAUGCCCACCCGAGCCGUUACUGUGCCACGGUACGAGUCCAGCGCCCUCGGCAGGAGAUCAUUGAGGACCUGUCCUACAUGGUGAGGGAGCUGCUCAUCCAGUUCUACAAGUCCACCCGCUUCAAACCCACCAGGAUCAUCUUCUACCGGGACGGGGUUCCAGAGGGGCAGCUCCCGCAGAUUCUUCAUUAUGAGCUGCUGGCAAUCCGAGACGCCUGCAUCAAACUGGAGAAGGAUUAUCAGCCCGGCAUCACAUACAUAGUUGUCCAGAAACGGCACCACACCCGCCUCUUCUGUGCGGAUAAGAACGAAAGGAUUGGCAAGAGCGGGAACAUCCCGGCUGGAACAACUGUGGAUACGAACAUCACCCACCCGUUCGAGUUUGACUUCUACCUGUGCAGUCAUGCAGGCAUUCAGGGUACGAGCAGACCUUCCCAUUACUACGUCCUCUGGGACGACAACCGGUUUACAGCAGAUGAGCUGCAGAUCCUUACGUACCAGCUCUGCCACACCUACGUGCGCUGCACCCGCUCCGUCUCCAUCCCAGCACCAGCAUAUUAUGCCAGAUUGGUGGCAUUCAGGGCGCGUUAUCACCUAGUGGACAAAGAGCAUGACAGCGGAGAGGGCAGCCAUAUAUCUGGACAGAGCAACGGCAGAGACCCGCAGGCGCUGGCAAAGGCUGUGCAAGUUCAUCAGGACACUUUACGUACCAUGUACUUUGCUUGAAAGCCUAACUUUUCUUACCUCACUCAAGAAAGCUUUCAGAUUUGUAGGAGCCAUACAAAAAAGGAAGCAUUGAGACACCUUGUUUGUUCCAAUGAGAAUCACUCCAGGGCAGGCAGCGUCGCUUGAGGCAGGAGACCAACACCAUGUGCAGAAGGAGAGAGACCAGACACCUUCGUAGUACGGGAAGAGACUGAUUAUUUUUCUGGUUUUGCAAAUCUUCACCUGACCAAACCAAUGAAGGUGUUUAAAGAAGGGAUAAAACGGAAAGAAGCAGGUUUUCAUUUUAAAAUGCAAUACACUAUCGACUUCCGACUGCAAAACAAAGGAAUUGGUCCUCCAUUGCCAAACAGAUGCUGGUUGGUAUUUUGGGGGUGGGGUGGGGGGAUUUUUAGAGCCUUAAACAGAAGACUAGAUUUAUAAACUAAUAUUUUAGGAUACAAGAUGCUUUAAUGGGUUAAGGAAAGAAACUAGUUUAUAGAAAAAUUCUAACACUAACAUUUCCCCCCAUGUAAUGUAAGGCACCCUAGCACUUAGCUCAGAACUGAUGAAAUCUGUCUUCCUUAUGUUAAAAGCUAGUUAGCUGCUGCCAUUUGAAGCAACAGUCACAGACUUUUCCUUGGGUGAGUGCCUUACUACGAUGCUGCAAAAUUUCAACGUUUUUAUCUUGUAAGGAAAAAAAUAUAGGAAUCUUGUCUUGGUGGUGGUCCAGAUUUCCAUCCGAAGGAGUUGAUUUUAUAUUCAUAAAGUUACAGUUGGUGUUAGAUCACAACCUCACAAUGGUUAAACUCCAUUGAAAGACGUGCACUUUCAUAUAGGACAAGUUGAAUAGCUGCUGACCCGUUUUUGUUCCCAGUGUACUACUUUGUUAUUUAAAACUACAUUUCUGACAAAUGGGGGCAUUCAUCCCAUGAGGACAGAAAUCUCCAGAUUAGUAUUUUUUUCUGAAUUUCUAUAAUGCUGGACACAUCGGGAUUUUUUUUACUAAGCAUUAUUUUUAUAUGAUACGAAGUCUGUUGCCAAAAUUCACAAGUCAUUAACAUUGUCAGAGUUUACAUCACUGCACUUCCUGAGACUUUGUAUGUUCAUGCCAGAGAUUUAUAGAAUUUCCUGUCCAAUGAGUGUAUUACUAACUGCAGUCCAUGCAGUUUUGGGGUAUUCCUUUGGAGUGUUCUAGUGUAUCUCCCAUGUGUCAAGUAAAUCCAUUACGUCUUUAUGGGCUGUCUGCUUUCUAAAUUACUACCUGUCUGACUCCAGCAUGUUCAAACUGUCGUGGUAGUUUCCGCUGCUAGGUAUUGCUGCUCUUUGUACCACAGAUGUUACUGGUUUCAUGCACGGGGAUUUUAAAGUCUGAAAUGCUGCCAGAUUGUUCAUCAUUCUGAAGAAUGAAAUGAAAUGUACUGUCACUGGGAAUUUCCUACUGAUUUGUGUCCUAAUAAGAAAAAAGCGUGGUUCCCCCCUCCCCCCAACAGUAACACGCUGACAGUAUUUUAAACUCAUUUUGCUGUAUGGAAUUACCCUUCUGCAUGGAAAGCUGCGGUAGCUACUCAUUAAUUACAGUAAAUGGGCAGGUUAUCCCAGUCUAAUAUUUAAGCAUGCACCACAAAUUUUCUUCAGGAGAAGGAACGCUUUGUCCAUCCAGUUACUGGACUGACAAGGGGAGCAGCUCUUAGGAUUUUACUGCCAAAGCGAACCAGUUUUAAAAGCCUAGCAAACACUGUACUCUAGCAAUAUCCAUUACUAGAAACACAUUUUGUUUCAUACCUUCUGAUAUUUAAACUUGCCGUGCUAGUAGUCCAUAAAAUCAAUUUAGAUCAUGUUGACCAUCACGCUCUAUUCUAAAUACAAUAAAUUAUUUGUAACCCCCACCCUUCCAAUUGGGCACCAUGUUGGUUAAGAAUUAAAAGAUCAGUCUGCUAUGCAAACUAACUCUUGAGCCCACCAGUGCCACAUUGUGUGAAGAACCUAAAUCUAGAACAGUUGUACUUUUCAAGACUACAGUGUUUGGAUCAUAGUCUCCUUUCCACCUUGUAUUGAACUCCACUGCUGUACAUCUGCAUGGGGCAGAGGCAGGAGGUGUUCAUGGUUGGUCGAAUACCCAACUCUCUGGGGGGGGGUUAGAGAGUAGGGAAUGCAUCAACACUAAGUGAGAAGCCUACAUUCCUUUAUAGAAGUGCCUGCAUAGUGACACAAACUCAGCACCUCUCGACUCCAUUCCCAGAACUCCACUUGGUAUUAAUUGAAAGGAUGAUCCCAGAGGGGAUAAACCCACCCAAUCUUGUAGUAGUACGUUCCUAAUUAAGGAUAAAAAUUGGGUUUCAGUUUAGGUCACACAUAGUUGUGUGUCUUUCCACAUGUUCUCCACAUCUGUGCUUAGGUUGAGGUUCUCUUUGAAACUCAGUUCAUUCACCAGCAUUACAAGUGAACGUACCUUGCUGCUGUUGUAAGAUGAAAGGUUUUUGGUUUCUAGUUUUAUUUUUUGUGAAUGUUUUAGUUGGGUCUGGAAUGCUGAAAUGUCUUUUAGGAGCUGUGGCAUAGCACAUGCCAUUUUUAACCAUUUGAAUCAGAGUGUGUGGGCAUUUACAGAAAUAGCCUGUUGCUCUGUAGCAUUUUUUAACUAAGACUUGAAAUGUAAAAUGGACCUUAAGAUUUGCACUCAUUUGUAAGGUGGCUGUUCAUAGAGAACUGUGAAUGAAGACACACCGAUGUAGGACCUGGUUUUAACAACACAAAAGCUUCAUAGCUCUUGAAGUGCUCCACUGAAAACUUUGCAGAUCAUGUUCUGCCCUUAUCUCACCCCAUGCACGUUGGAUUUUAAACCAAUAAAAAAAUGAAAUCCGUUUUGUAGUUGCUGUGCUCUCUGAACCAUGUUUCCAUUUCCAAGACGUUUCAAUGGGUUAGGUUUACCCGCAUGUUAUGUAUAUUGGAUUAUGCACUGUACCUUUAACAUGGCUUCAGUAUUCUGUAUUUCUACCCUUUUGUUGUCUGAGGUAUAAAGAAGUAACUGCAUGUUGAGGUGCUGUGUGUUUUACUGCCCCGGGCAGAUAGGUGUUAACCCAUAUACAUAUCACAAUUUAUAGUUAGGUACAAAUCCCAUGUAAGCCACUCAAACAGCUCCUGUGACUUUCUGAAUAUGCACACGUCCCUUGUACAACUGGAAACAUUGCCAAGUGCUUGCAGUUCUGUGGGAGACAGAAUAACUUCAAUUUAACUGUCAGCCGUUUAAUGAGCUUGUUUACAUUAUGCUUAUAUCUGAACAACUAGGGGUGUCUGAGGGCAGAACAUACCUCAAAAGAACUUGGAGGAGGACAGAGAGGGUGUUCUGAUAUUUGCAAGACUGAGAUGCUCUGAUACUUAGUAUUGAAAAGCUUGAACCUUUAUAAGCUCAAGUGUUGAACACUGCAAAAAUGAAAUGUUUUCUUUUUGGAAAAUUAGUGCAAACAGAAGAAUGGGUUGAUUCUUUUUGGGAGGGGAAGCGAGACAGCAGAACAGCAAUAAAAAAGUGAAAUACAUAUCUUGCGCUUGUGAUUUGCACUUCAAAAUAUUUGUGAAAGAAAACUGUUGGGGACUCCAGUGCUUUUGUGUUCAAUUUCUAACCCCUUUUGUACCUCCUUAUUCAAGCAAUUGUUGAACUGUACAUAGAUGUUCACAAGACACUCAAUUUGCUUUGUUUUUUUCUUUUCCUUGUGUUUGUGUGUUUACUUUAGAUUGAACUUUGUAUGGUCCAUUUGUUAAAUAGAUAUGAACAGUUGAUGUACAGUACUUAUUAAAAAACAAGCAGCAGCACAACUUAUUUUGUAAAGAAAAUAAUGGCUUAUAUUUUAAAGGUUGAAUAUCAAUUUUUGUAUGAGGGGAAUUAAGAUUGGUAAAGAGUAAUGAUAUCCUUGGAUUAGGCCAAAAGAAAAUACAUAACCACCUCUUUAUUAAAAAAAUGAAUUAAAGAGUUCCAGAACACUGUA